AUGAUAUUUCGCAAUCAUUGUACAAGCGGGGGGUUAUUUAGAGGAAUGACCAAGAAGAAAGGCACUAAGAAGCCAGUUGAUCCUUCUCUAUUAACGCCAGAAUAUAUUGAGCAACAGAGACGACUACGAAAUGAGCGAAAAGAGAAGGAACGUCAGGAAAGACUAGCAAAAGGUAUAGUCGAUAGUCCUGAACCUAUUGAGAAAUUCAUCAAAAGGCCAAUUUUGGAGAUUCCUAAUGUUACGAGUGAUGCACAUAAACUCUCGGUUAAGAUUAUGAGCUAUAACAUUCUAGCGCAAUGUUUAAUUCGAAGAACGCUAUUUCCUUCAAGUGGCAAGAUUUUGAAGUGGUCUAUAAGAUCGCGUAUAUUAUUAUCCGAGAUUCAAUGGUAUGCACCAGACAUUUUAUGUUUACAAGAGUGUGACAAAUUACAGUAUGAGAACUUUUGGCGAUUAGAGUUGGAAAAACUAGGAUUUACGUGUAAGCAUUAUCGGUAUAAUACCAAGAUCCAUGGCUUGGUAAUUGCAUUCAAAUCAGAAUGGUUUUCGAAUAAGCACCAAUCGUUUAUUAAAUACGAUCAAGAAAUAGUCGAUAAACAAGGUGGCGAAACUGUAUUACCACCAGCGAGAAUACAAACCAAAAAUGUCGGCUUCAUGUGUUAUCUCGAAUUCAAGCCAAAAGCUUUAGAGAAAUACCCGUAUUUGAAGGAAAGGAAUGGGGUACUAAUUGGUACGACACAUGCAUUUUGGCAUCCUUUUGGUACAUAUGAAAGGACGAGACAAACGUAUAUGAUUCUUUAUAAAUUCCGAGAAUUUCAGCAUACAUUGCAAGUACUCUCAGGAAAUAAUAAACCUUUUUAUUCGUUUUUCACAGGAGAUUUGAACUCGGAACCAUUUGAUGCACCGUACCUUUCAUUAACGGCAAAGCCGGUGAAGUAUGAAGGGCUUGUGAAGAAUGUUUUGGGCUGUUCCUUAAGCUACAAGUUUUCCAAGGAUAGAGCUCUUGAUGAGGAGGAAGAUGAGGUAGAAGAAGAAGAAGAAGAAGAAGAAGAAGAAGAAGAAGAAGAAGAAGAAGAAGAAGAGGAGAAGCAAGAGGGGAAAAUUGAAGACGAGCAAGAAGGGAAAAUUGAAGACGAGGAAAAGAGAAUAUUUGAAUCUGAGCAAAGGAACAAUGAUAUAAUUCAAAAUCCAGAUAACCCAGUUCCUGCUGAAUUUGAACCUAGCCAGGAACAAGAAGAUAUAAUGAAACAGUUGGCCGAUGCCCACAAUGAUAUGAAUGUUAGAGCAAUUUCAUUAUACUCUGCUGGCUACGAAUUAGUUGACCCAGAGAAUGCACAAAAUUAUAGAAAAGAACCAGCCUUUUCCAACUGGAUCGACAAAUGGCAUGGGAUGCUAGACUAUAUCUUACUUCUCGUUCCCUGGGACCCCAAGACAACGGACGCUUCUAAUAAAGACUCGGCAAAGGAUCUCGAAAAACAUUACAUAAAAUUAAAAAAACUAUUGAAAUUGCCAAAACCAGAAGAAAUGGGACCAAAACCAAAUGGCCAACCACGAUUAUACCAAUACCCAUCAGAUCAUCUAUGUAUAAUGGUUGAAGUUGAGCUUUUGUGA